AUGAGGCCUUUGGCAUCCCUAAGAACCAGGUUCAUAGAAGCAUGGACCUUGUCCGUAAACUUUGGUCGAUUUGUGGAAAUUGGCAAAAAGGACGCUUUCCCGAACAACAACUUGCCAAUGAGGCCCUUUGACAGCAAUAUGACUUUCAGCGGUGUCGACCUUCGCGAACUCUUCAAGCGUCGGCCGGAAGACCGGAAAGAGACCAUUUCCGAGGUUGUCAGUCUGUUUCAGCGCAAUGUCAUUGUGCCCAUCAAGCCCGUGGCCGUGCUACCAAUCUCUCAGUCUGCGACGGGUCUGUGCAAGCUCAGGUCUGGUGAGAACAUGGUGAUCGAGAAUGGAGCCCACAAUGUCAUCGUGCUUGGUCGCCGCGCUGCUUCUGGUCCCGAGGUCCAAAAGCUGUUGAAUCAAGAUCAGUACACCGACGUUCGCGUGAGGGCUCCCGUAUAG